CCCUGUCCUUUUUCUUCUCUCUCUUAUGUCUUAAUAAACUAUUGCCUUUGCUUCUUCAUUUCUCUCCUUCACAAACAAAAACCACAUGAAUUUGUAACAAAACAAAAAAAAAAAACCCAGAAAAGGACUGAGGAGAUUAUCAUCUAUCCCGAAACACAUACAUAUAAGCUUGUGUAAAGGCGGUGGUGAGAAAAAGAGAGAUGGAAAUGAUAGCCGGAGCAAAGGUGGGACGUGAAGACAUAAAUUUGUGCUUUGAAAAGCUGAUGAUGGUUGCAGCUGGAAAUAGUGGUGAGGGAGUUAAGAUGGAGGGUGUGGUGAUCACUGAGUGGAAAGAUAUUCCUAUGGAGCUGCUGUUGAGAAUUGUUUCUCUAGUCGAUGAUCGGACUGCUAUUGUUGCUUCUGGUGUUUGUAGUGGGUGGAGGGAUGCAAUUUGCUUGGGCCUCACACAACUCUGUCUCUCAUGGUGCAGAAAGAACAUGAACAACUUGGUUUUAUCUCUUGCUCCUAAAUUCACCAAAUUGCAAACUCUGAUACUUCGCCAAGAGAAGGAACAGCUCGAGGACAAUGCUGUUGAGACUAUCGCAAAUUUUUGUCAUGAUUUGCAGGAUCUGGACCUCAGCAAAAGUUUCAAGCUUAGUGAUCGAUCAUUGUAUGCGUUGGCCCAUGGUUGUCCUAACCUUACAAAACUUAAUAUCAGUGGCUGUGCGUCAUUCAGUGAUGAAGCUCUUGAAUAUUUAACUAAUUUUUGUCGAAAACUAAAGAUAUUAAAUCUCUGUGGAUGUGUUAAAGCUGCAAAUGACCGUGCAUUGCAGGCUAUUGGGCGAAACUGCAAUAUGUUGCAAUCUUUAAAUCUGGGAUGGUGUGAAAAUGUUGGUGAUCUAGGAGUGAUGAGUCUAGCAUAUGGAUGUCCUGAUCUUGUAUCCCUAGACUUAUGUGGCUGUGUCCGCAUAACAGACGAUAGCGUGAUUGCUUUGGCAAAUGAGUGUCUCCAUUUGGGGUCGCUCGGUUUGUACUAUUGUCGGAAUAUCACGGACAGGGCAAUGUACUCACUGGCUCACAGCCGAGUGAAGAACAAGCCUUCAAUGUGGCAAUCCAGGAAGGGUAGAUAUGAUGAGGAAGGUCUUAGGAGUCUCAAUAUAAGCCAGUGUACUGCACUGACUCCUUCAGCUGUUCAGACAUUAUGCGAUACAUUUCCUGCUCUUCACACCUGCUCUGGAAGGCAUUCCCUUGUCAUGAGUGGCUGCCUCAAUUUAACGUCUGUGCAUUGUGCUUGUGCAGUCCAAGCACACCGCACGCUGAACAGUAUUCCUCAUACAGCUCAUUGAAGGGGAUGCCAAUGACAAUGUUGAUAUUGUAAGUAAAUGUACUUAUCCAAGGGCUUAAAGAAAGAAACGAGAGUUUCCCUGUAAAUAAGGUUGUGUUGAGAAGUGUAUGUUUAUUGUCUUGCUGGAAGCAUGGACGCAAAACACACUUUGUACUUGUUAUAUAUGCUCUUUUGAAUUGUGAAAUAUGCGGCAUUCGGCUUUUGGAAGCCAAACUUUGCUGUUUUAAGUAUCUGUUUUGAUUGGUUGUGGUUAAGUGAUGAAACUUUUCAACUUUCAUUUAAAGGAUAAUACUAAAUUC